AUGGCAGUAAAAAUUGUAGAGAAUGAGGAGGUUGGGGCAAUCAUUACACGCAGUGGGAUUCAACUUCCAAAAAUCACAGUCGAAAGAUGGGUGAAAGUAAAUGAAAAGGUACCUUCCAUAGAUGAAGAGCAAGUGGAUAAAUCUGAACAGCCAGAUAAAGUAGUUCCAAAUAAAGAGUCAGAAAAUCUACAGGUUAAGACAACCGCCCCUAUCAAUCCUCAUGUGCCUCCUGUCCCAUUUCCACAAAGAUUGCAAAAGAUGAAGUUGGAAGAACAGUUUGUAAGGUUCUUAGAUAUCUUCAAGAAGCUUCAUGUUAACAUUCCACUAAUUGAAGCUAUAUCUCAAAUACCAAACUAUGCAAAGUUUCUGAAGGAGAUUCUAUCCAAAAAGAGAAGGCUUACAAAUUUCGAGACCAUCAAGUUAAAUGAGGAGUGCAGUGCUAUAUUGCAGAAUAAAUUACCUCCUAAGAUACAAGAUCUAGGGAGUCUCAAAAUACCUUGCUCAAUAGGGAAUGAUUCAAAAUUUAAUUGUUUAUGUGACUCAGGAGCAAGUAUAGACCUAAUGCCCUUCUCUGUAUACAGGGAAUUACAAUUGGAAGAGCUAAAGGACACAUCUAUUUCCCUUCAAUUAGGAGACAGAUCAAUCAAAUACCCGCGAGGAGUGGUUGAGAACGUGCUCAUUAAAGUAGGAAAAUUUAUAUUCUCCAUUGAUUUUGUUGUCCUAGAUAUAGAGGAGCCAUGA